AUGACAUUCUCUCGUCCUGGGGAAGUGGAAACAGCCAAAGGGAAUGCUGCAAAUGGUUUUGGUGUCGAGUGUAGCAACAAAACAGGUCAUGUAAUCGGCCUCGAUCUACUUUAUCGGUCUUUUGGAGAUGGCCCCAUUCCUGAUACUUUCGGGGAAUUGAAUUUUCUUGAGGAGCUUCGAGUGUCUGGGAAUAUGUUCCAGGAGAUUCCAACAUCCUUGGGGAAUUUAAGUCAUCUGAGCAUACUACUAAUAUCAGAUAAUGCAUUAAAUGAAUCUCUUCCUCAUUUACUUCGAAAGUUAUCAGGUAUAGCAUCGAAAUCACUAGAGUGGAUAAAUUUACACUACAAUCAACUUGUUGAUUCCUUCCCAGAUAUCACCCAAUUUUCAUCCUUAAAAGAGUUGAGUCUUGGCAACAAUCAGCUGAAAGAGUUUCACUCACAAAGACUUGGGCGACCUUCAAGUCUUGAAACUUUGGAUUUGUCUAAUAAUAAACUUGGAGGAUCCUUGCCGGACUUGAGAGCAUAUUCAUCAUUGCAAGAAUUACAUGUCUACGGAAAUCAAUUAGAAAGGCUACCCGAAAGUAUUUGGCAACUUUCCAAACUAAAAAUUUUGGACCUCUCUUCAAAUUCAUUGGAAGGAACAAUCACAGAAUAUCACCUCUCAAAGUUAGCCUACUUAGACGUGCUAGAUUUGUCCUACAAUUCCCUAGCUUUGAACACAAGCUCCGAUUGGACUCCUCCAUUUCAAUUGAGCUCAUUAUACCUCAGAUUUUGCAAUGUGGGACCUGAUUUUCCAAAAUGGCUUCAAACUCAGAAAAGUCUUUCUUACCUUGAUAUGUCUUUUGCUAGUAUAUCAGAUACAUUACCUACUUGGUUGUGGAAUAUGCCUUCUUUAUCAAACUUGAAUCUUUCUUCUAACCAUAUCAGUGGAGGAAUUCCUCAUCUAUCCCCAAACUUCACUGGUAUUUCAUAUUUAGAUUUGAGUUAUAACAAUUUUUCAGGUCCAAUUCCAUCAUUUCUUUCUCAUUCAAUAAAAUUACAACUUUCCAAAAACAUGUUUUCGGGAUCCAUUUUUCAGUUAUGUACAACUUUCACUCACUUGAACUUGGAGGUCCUUGAUCUCUCAGAUAACCAAUUGACAGGAGAGCUUCCCGAUUGCUGGAUGAACUCAAGUUCUUUACGAGUUCUCAAUUUGGCAAACAAUAAUUUCUCGGGUAAAAUUCCCCCAACGUUGGGCCACAACCCUCGACUUCAGAUAUUACAUCUGCGCAAUAAUAAUUUCGUUGGUGAACUACCUUCCUCUUUGAAGAACUGCACUUGGCUGCGCAUGCUUGAUGUGGGAGGAAACAAAUUAACAGGAACUAUUCCAGAAUGGAUAGGGACGCACCUAACAAGUUUGACAGUUCUUAGCCUCCGAUUUAAUAAAUUCCAUGGAAACAUAGAUCCAACAAUUUGUUACCUUACCAAUAUUCAAGUCCUGGACCUCUCAAGGAAUAAUAUAUCUGGGGAAAUUCCACAGUGUUUCAACUAUUUCACUUCUUUGGUUCAAAAGUAUAGUUCAAUGGAAGGCAAUAGUUUUUAUAAAUUCUGGACUUCUUUCUAUCACUUUUACCUUGAUACUUAUGUUGACAAUGCUUUGGUACAAUGGAAAGGACAAGAGAAAGAAUAUAGAAAACUAGGACUUUUGAGAGGGAUUGAUCUUUCUAGCAAUAAGUUAGUUGGAAAUAUUCCUCAUCAAUUUUCUGAUUUAAGGGCUUUAGUUUUCUUGAACUUAUCGAGAAACCAUUUGACGGGGAAUAUCAUUUCAAGCAUUGGUCAAAUGGAGAUGUUGGAAUGGCUUGACUUGUCUAGAAACAAGCUUUCUGGGAAGAUCCCGAGCAGCCUUGCAGAAUUACAUUUUCUCAGCGUUUUGGACUUAUCAUACAAUAAUUUGACGGGGAUGAUUCCAUUAGGCACUCAGCUACAGAGCUUCAACACCUCUGCGUAUGCUGGGAAUAGCCAACUCUGUGGGCUUCCUUUGGCAGAGUGUCCUAGAGAUUCUCCUUACCCUUCUUCAAUUGAUCAUGGAAAGGGAAACUAUAUUGAAGAAGAUGACGAGUUUAUAAGUCGAGAGUUUUAUAUCUGCAUGGCAUUUGGUUUUAUAACUGGAUUCUGGGCUGUCAUUGAUUCAAGAGAAAGUUUUGGGCCUAAUGGUGCCUCUUUUCAGAAACAAGAAGUUUCAACUGUCUAUCAAACCAGUUGGUGGCUGGAGAGGUGCAGGGGCUAUGGGUGA